UCGUUGAAACAUGCCGUAAAUAUAAGAAAAUAGAAGAUAACAUUACUCGCCAGGUGGCGACUGUGUCCAGUCAAUCGCACCGGGAUCGGGUAGAUCGGAAAAAUCGGAUCGAAAAAGAAGGAUCAGGAUCUCAUAUAAUCGGCGCCAGAGAAAACAUCGACCAACGACUAACAAAAAUGAAUAGCAAGAGAAAAAUUCGUUCCAAUCCUACUAGGUCGCCAAGAGCAAGGGGGCCACAAGAUAGAUAUGUGGCAGCUGAAGGUGUUUACAGCAAUGCAGCAUUCAUGCAUGCUAUCACUCAACAUGUUGGUAAUACGGUUGAGAUUCAGACACAAAAUGGUUCGGUAUAUGAAGGAAUUUUUCGAACUUUCUCCUCUAAUUUUGAGGUGGUCUUAGAGAUGGCACAUCGAGUAGACAGUUCAGGAAAGAUCAAUGUUGACAGUGUGGUUGAAAAAUUAAUUUUUAAGCCAUCCGAUAUAAUUACAAUAUCGGCCAAAAAUGUCGAUUUAGACUAUGCUAUAAGAGACACUUUCCAAACAGACACUGCUAUUAGUAAAUUUAAUGGUAUAGUUGGAGAAAAAGAACUCGAGCCAUGGGAUGCGCCGUCCACUAUGAACGGAGACGACUUGGAAUUAGAUGGUGCUGCUAAUGGGUGGGACGUAAACGAAAUGUUCCGCAAGAAUGAACAAAAGUAUGGCGUUCAAACGACAUUUGAGCCAUCGUUAGUCGGUUAUACUUUCCAGCUUCAACGUAAGGAUACAAAAGACUAUAAAGAGCAGGAGCAGAAAGCAGCUGAAAUAGCUAAUGAGAUAGAAUCUCAGCCAAAUCAUAAAGCAAGAUUAGAACUAGAGAAUGGCGAUGAAGAAGAAAGAUUUGCGUCCGUUAUAAGGCCAAAUGAAGGUAAAUACGUUCCACCUCCUCUGAAAAAGAAAAAUUGGGAUACCGGGAAAUUAAUAAGAUCUACACCACCACCUUCGUCACCAGGAUCUGCAAGUAGCAAAUCUUCAUUUAAUCAAGCACCAUCGUCAAAUGUCAAUGUAUCGCCUAACGUCUCAGUUGGCCUCCAAGCUUCCCAUAACUCGGUGCAACAUCCAGUACCUCUUAACAUGACAAUGCCACCGACUGGAGUAGUUGUUCAUGCUACUUACAACACUCCGCCGCCAUUUGUAUCUCCGACAACACAAGCAUCUUCUGCAGCAAUGCAGCAAACCUCGUCGCAAUCUCAGACUACUCCUACAAUUCCCCAAGCUACUUACUCUCAACAGUCCCAACAAACAUCGCCGCAGCAACAACAACAACAACAACAACACCAACAACAACAGCCGCAGCAGCAGCAACAACAACAACAACAGCAGCAGCAGCAGCAGCAACAACAGCAGCCACAACAACAACAACCCCAACAACAACAACAGCCUUCCAAUAAAAUAAAUUCAGAAAAGCGUGAACGUCCAGGCAGACAACAGGUGUUUCAAGCGGAUAAAGCUCCACCUGCUCCCUUUUCACAGCCAAAUGUUAUUAUAUCUUCUCAUCAACAGCAACAAACAGUAGGACAUCAACAAAAUGCUACAGACAUUCAACGUAUUGAAAUAAUUCCUCAUAAAUCAGAUCAUAGAAAGAUCCCACCGCCAAGAAGUCGGGAAGAACAACAUUCAGAACUAAGACAGUUUUCGACAGAUUUUAAAUUAACAGAUUCAACUAAUCAGGAAACAUCAUCUAUUCCUCGUAAACAACAACAGCAACAUCAUAACCAAGAUUCUCAUCCCACACCACAAAUUUCUCAACAACAUCAUCAACCUCAUAAUGUAUCUCCACCACAGCAUACUAGCCCACAUCAGCAACAUCAAACAGCUCAAGAAGAGUCUGUGGUUGUUACUACUAAACCACCACCGGGACCGUUACCUAUACGAUCUACAAGCCCGCCACAAGCUCAACAACAACAGCAACAACAACAACAGCAGCAGCAGCAGCAGCAACAGCAACCACAACAGCAACCACAACAGCAGCCGCAACCGCAACCACAACAAAAUUCUUCUAUUGUACAAUCAAAUGUACAAGAACCAGCAGUUGAAAAAAUAACGAAUGCUUUUAAAAAAUCUACUUUAAAUCCUAAUGCUAAGGAAUUUAAUCCCAAUGCUAAGCCCUUUACACCUCGAUCUCCUAGUACGCCAACACCUAGCCGACCUCACACGCCACAAACACCACAGUUUACGGGUGCUACUAUGCCAGCAACUGUUGUUAUGCCUGCAUAUGUUAUGACAAGUCAACCGCCAACUGCAUUCAGUCAACCACCAGCACAAUCUGUAACUAGAUUUAGAAAAGUGCCAAUGAUGCAACAUCGAGCCCCAGAUAUAGCAUCUCAAAUGCAAGUAGCUGCAGCAACUGGACAACCGUUAUUAGCACCAGCUCCGUUACACCCACCAUUCCAGGUGUCUUAUCCAGGUCAACCAACUUAUCAACAAAUGGUACGAAUGGUACAGGCGCCACCGCCACCACCACACAUGUCAACGAACCCUUACCAUCAUCAUCAUGAUUCACCAGGGCCGCAAGCUCCUGGUAUUCAAUACAUGGGUCCGCACACGCACCCGCAUCCACAUGUCCCUCAACAGCCACCAAGUCAAACACCUUCUCCGGCUAAUCCCAAUCCACCGCAUACGCAAAGCGCAUACAAUCCUCCUGGAACACCACAACCUACGUAUCCGCAACCACCUCCACAAGGACAUGCUCCAAGUUAUCCUAUUAUGUGUCCUAUCAUUCCACAACACUUGCCGAUACCUCCACAACAUAUGCAAUAUUUACCCCCUCAACCUCCGCCGGGAGCCCAACAAACAAUACCAGUUAUUUUGCCGCACAAUCAGUAGCUAUUACCAUAAAUAAACAAUGAAAAAGAUGAUGGUUACUAGUAUUCUAUGAAGAUAGAAUAAGAUUUGUAAGUCCAAGAAACUUUCAUAAUGGUAGUACCUAACACUUUAAUAUGUUGCUAUUAUCAUCAACUUUUGUAGUUACGUUAUCAUCAUGUCGUUUUUGGUAAAAGAAUUAACUUAAACGUCGUACGUACGAACAAUCAGAAUAUUCUUUUACUUACAAUUAGUUUAAUUUGUUACAUUAUUAUUAAUCUUUGACUAUUUUUAUGAUAAAUAUUAAAAGGAAAGAAAUAAGAUGAUAUUCAUAUGAUAUUGUUCUUGCUACGAUUAUAAUUGUAAUUCACGUAGGUGAAGAUUUAAAAGCGUAUAUAGAAAGAAAGAAAGAAAGAAAGAAAGAAAGAAAGAAAGAAA